CCAAUGUUUUACAGGAUUGCGUAACAAGAGACAUGGGAAAGACCUUUCAAUAGUCUGUUAUAAGCUGGAGACAAAAGACAAACACCUUUCAAUACAAGUGUUUCUGGAAUAAUUGGACGAUAAUGUGACACACUGUAAAAGAUUUAUUCCCUAACGAAUACACACGACACAUCAAUUAUACGAGUUGAAGACAGGAAAGCUUGUAACAGAAAAAACAAUAUUCAAUAAAACUCAAACAAACAUUUUCUUUAUUUUCCUCGAGCCAGAGAAUUAUCUGUCAAUACACCACACCUGCAAUUUAGAGAAAAUCUGCUACAGUUGUUAAGUGACGGAAUUAUCUAACUCCUUUGGGAAUGUGAAGGUUUUAAAAAAGGCAGUGCAAUGACUUUAGAGAGAGGGAGAGGGAGAAAUGGAGUUUAACAUCCACUCGACACAAACUAGUUUACAAUAUGGACACUGAUUAAGAUAGAAAGAGACAACUUAAGUUCAUGGAUAAAUUCUCCAUGCAUACAGAUAACGAGGAACUGCCGUAUAUAUUACGCAGAGUUACUGGUGAGCGGAAGUCUGUCAAACCUGGUGCUCCAUCAGAGCCAAAUGAGUACAACUUUAAUUACAAAAAUCGAGGUAUCUUUAUUAUCAUCAAUAAUAAACAUUUUGAUGAGAGUACAGGACAAGAAACAAGAGAAGGUACUGAUAUCGAUGCUGAAAGAUUAGAAGAAAGAUUUCAGGAUCUGGGUUUUGAUGUUCGACGUUACGAUGAUGUUACUAGAACUAAGAUGACAGGAUUAAUGUAUGAUAUUGCAUCACAUGACCAUUCGAACUCUGAUUGUUUUGGUUGUGCUAUACUCAGUCAUGGUAGAGAUGGUAAAGUCUAUGCUACUGAUGGUAUAUUACCAAUAGAGUUAAUGGUGCUACCAUUGAAAGGUAGUAGAAGUCCUACACUUGUUGGUAAACCCAAACUUUUUUUUAUUCAGGCUUGUCGAGGAACAAAGUUAGAUUAUGGCGUAGAACUAGCUGAUUCCAUCACACCAUCACCACAAGAUGAAACAGAUGCAGCUGUUCAAACUGUCACCAUACGUAAACUUCCAGCUGAGGCAGAUUUUCUUUUUACGUAUUCUACAGUACCCGGUUAUUAUUCUUGGAGAAAUAAUCAGGAUGGUUCAUGGUUUAUUCAAGCAUUGUGUAUAGUGUUAGAAAAUCAUGGUUUUAAAAUGGAAUUACUACAUAUGUUAACACAUGUUAAUCGUAUUGUGGCCUACGAAUUCGAAUCUUGCACAGAUAAAGAAUUCACGGAUGGAACUAAACAAAUUCCCAGUGUUGUAUCAAUGCUAACUCGAUAUGUGUACUUUCGACCAAAGAAACAAGACAUCAGAUGAUCUACUGUUAUCCAUCUUUUGGCUAGAUAUGUGCUGUAAUUUCUCAUGUAUUAUAUACGGUAAUACUGUAUGAUGUGAUAUUUAAUAAAAUUAUCAUUAUAUGUAUGUUCUUCUUUGUAUCAUCAUUGUACAUUUUGCUUUGAUAUAGAGAUUUCAAUUGUUUGCUUUAGUGUUACCAUUUUUAAGAUAAUUGAAUAAUUAUGUUCUGAAUUAGUUUGGUGAUUGCUUUGAAGUUUGAACUGAAGUGAUCUGUACUUGCAUUGAUAUAUAAUUUUCUGUGUUGCUAGGCAACGAUUCAGAAUUGUAUUUGAAUGCUUUGACAUUUUAAAAAAAUAAUACAGCAAAAUAUAACUAACUUCUAGAGUAUUUACAAGUUUUUAAUGAUGAGUAAAUAACUCCAUGAAUGAAGUAUGUCACUCUAAAAUUCAAGAGGGUUCUCUCCCAUGAAUAGACAAAUGCAGCCAAUUUUGGAAAAAGUACUUCUAAAACAUGGUUUUGAAUUAACACCAUAAAUGACUGACAUGUUACUUCAUUCAACUAGUCAAACAAUCCCAGAACAUUUGAAAAAGAAAUUCCAAACAACAUUGACCUUCACAUCAAUGUAAUAGCAAAGUCUUAAAAGAUCAAAAUAAUUGAUGAACAAGAAUAAUUGAGGGGCCAUUCCUAUUAUUCAAAAAGGCAGCAAAUUUGAAAAAUAAAGUCAUAAAUACUCGAACUGGUCGAGCAAUUACAAACUUUUGAUAAUAUUGAGAUUAAUAUAUAGACAAAAAAACAUUACAAAAUAUAUGUAUAUUAAUUAUAGAAUAGAAUAACGCGCUAUGGUAUUACGAUAUAAUUUCAUACUUGACUAUAGUUUAAAGGUUCUGUAGAUUUGUUGCAGGCUUUUUUGUAAAGACAAAAAGAUGUACUUGUUGUAUGUAUAUUUUAUAUAGCAAGUGUUAUUUAUAGAAAUUGUAUAUUAAGUAAUAAAUAUGAGAAAUGUG